ACUGCUAAAGUGUCUAAAGAGUUUUUUACAAAAUGCUGCCCACCAAAGUUUACUUCUACGCUCUGUUUAUCGUUCUCACCGUGGCCCGUGGUUCUUUAGCAUGCAAAGAUGGAUUCUCCUUAAAAGUGAACAAGAUCGAGAACUGUGCCGGACCGGACGGUGUCAUCACACUGAGCGAUGAUACCGCCAUCACGCUUGGGGACGACUGUUCCCUUAGUCUGCAGGGAUGUGUUACGCUGAAGGAGUUUAACACGGCCGCUGGUAGCGUCAGUGUGUCGAAGAACGGUAGAGAGAUGUUUAAGAAACAGAUCGAUGCAUGCAAGAUGGGAUCAAAGAUUCCGUUCGUUAAAGAUUUCCUGCCCGGUGGUCUAUGUCCUCAGAGCGAUGGCCAAAUAUGUGCCGAUCCGGACAAGAAGCUCCCAAUGGAUCGUUUCAAGAAGAUGCUGGGCAUUAUGAAAGGCUCGAUCGGGAUAGAGCUUAACCUGGAUCACGAUACGGGUAAAAGCUGCAUCAAAAUGGAGGUUGAAAUUUCUAAAUGAAAAAGCGACUGAUGCAUACAAAAUGUCCAAACCGGUCCAAUAAAACUGUACUAUAAACACAAUGAAA